AUGUACUUCAAUGGAUUGACCAAUCAGCGUUCCCGGGGUUGCCGAGACGCGACCCAAACAUUCCGACUUUCCUCCAAAACAAACCAGCCUCCCCGUCACUCCAACGUUCAACCUCACAACUCCCCCAAUAUGCCUAUGAACAGACAUUCUGCAUAUAAUGAUGAUUCAUUUUCACUUACAAACUUGGAUGACGAAUUAAUGGGCACAUCGACGCGUCGUGUGGACGAGGACCCUGACUACGAGAUCAACACUUCCACUCUCGACCGUGCCUUCCCUGAUUUCUCCCAAGUACAGACCUCAGAAGAGGAAGAACAACCGGAAAUGGAGGACGACCUGACACAAAGCGAUCUCGAAAUGUCUGUUGAGGUGGGACGUGGUGUGGAUCAACCUCGCGACGACUCGCGAAACUCCAUGAUGAGCUUCGAAAAUAGUGUACGCUCCUCUUCACCUGCCAUACGGGUUGAAUACCCAACACCACAAAAAGCCACAACAACGCGUCCGGCACGUCGCGCAGCAAGCGAAAAUCUACGAAAGAACGCUCAGGUCCGGCGAGCCACUCAAGCUCAGAAAGAGACUAUGAGCCCCCAGGUAGCCAAGACCCAACGGGACCAGCGUCGCACAUUUUCAGACAUGCACGCCAAAGUCCGGGACAGCUACGAGGGUUCAUUUUUGGAAGAUGAACGACCUGCCCCUAUUACUACGAAGACGCGCUCCACACGUUUUGGAAACGCCAACACCUCACAAGAAAUCGCCGACGCCGUUGAACGCGCUUCGCGCGAGGCAUACGCCAAAGAAGUACGGAAAUCAACGUCUAACUCUGGCACUUCCCGCAAAAACAAUGCCAAUGCGAACAACACUAUUGGCGAUACCAUGACACAUCAAUCAUUCCUCCUCCCCGACCUCCCUAAUAUUUCCGAACUUGUUUCUGGUGUGUAUGAAGAUGGCACCCCUGUUUACUCUCGCCAGGGCAAGAUGCGCUCUACGCGAUUCGUCUCGCCGCUCCAUGACCACACGGAUGUAUCCCACCCCCAUGAACAUAUGCCGUUGGAUGCGGUCCCCGUCCCCGAGGAUGAAAAGGCCCUCUUUGUUCACCUGAGAUUGCUUCAGGACAAGGUGGCUGAAUUGGAAAUGUUUAAGUCUGACGCAGAGAAGCGUAUGGAUGGUUACCGCCAGGAGAACGCCGCUCUGAAGUCGAGCAAGCCCCGCCAAUCAGCCAAAUAUGACUUGGAAGACAAUGAGUAUAAGAAGGGAUCAAAGCGAUUGGCUGCGGAGAACCAGAAGUUGGAAGCCGCAAAUUUGGAUUUGCAAAAUCAGUUGGAUAUUGCCGAUCGAAAGGCCCAGGUCCAGGAGUCUGCCAUCAAGCGCUUGCAUCAUGACAGAGAAUCCGCGAUCACCCAACUUGGCGCUGCCUAUUUGGAAGGUCGAGAACUUAAGGUGGAGAAUGAAGAGCUUAGAGUUGAAAAUGCAGACCUCAAGUCUGAAAUCAGCCGAUUGUCGAAACGGAGAUCCCGUGAACAGACGACCGUCGAAUCUGAAGCUAGCUCCGAUGCCGAUGAAAGCCAGGUUUACACCGAGCCCAGCGGAGAUAUGAGCCGAAGCACCAGAGACCUUACAUCGAAGAGUGCCCGCUCUCACACCAAGACGAAGCGCCAUGAUGACUCUCGUGCGAAGGUGUCCAAUCAGGUCGACCGGGAGAUCACUCGCCUGGAGAAAGAACGUGCCGAUGAUGCUCUUUUCUCCAUUGAGGUCUCCAGAAAAGCAUCUGCAUCCAAGCCAAAGGCUCACACGUCUCGCUCUUCUGAACCCAAGAGCACUCGCAAGCAACCAAACACCAGCAAGCAGCGUGUGAAACGAGUGGUGCUCGAGGACACUACCGAGCCUGAAGUGUCUCAUCAAACCAAGGCUUCUGAAACAGACGAACUCACCUUGUUGAGCAUGAUUGACGAGAAUGAAAUUGCUCGUCUGCGCAAGACAUUGGAAGAGGAGAGGUUGGUGCGAAAGCAGCGACGCUCUAGCAACCCCAAGGAGGCCAAUCCUACUGAGACUAUCAACACAACCCGACAGAGCAUCCUCAAGAACCCCACCCCACGCAAAUCCUCCCUCCGUGAAAGCAAACCGGAGAUUCCUCGCCCAGCGUCAGCCCUUGGUGAUACCACUGCGGCUUCAAACGCAAAUGCAGAGGGAGACAGCAACCUCUCAGUCCCAAUUCCAGAGCGCACCCGACGCCACUCAGACCACUCAUUGCUAACCCCCACCCAACGCAAGAAGCAGCGAAAUGUCCCCGAAAUGACAUCUGCUUUCAUCCUUCCUGACAUCACUCUCCACCACGUGGAUCUGGUCGCGAGUGACCCGUCCAAGCUACCCCAGGAGUCACAAAAGGCCUUGGACGGUAUUGCUCAGCACAGUGGAAAUAACUGCACAGUUUGCAAGGGUCACUCCAAGGAUUGUAACCAUGAGGCAGUACAGGUACCCAAGCCAGUUCCUGUCUCUGAACGUAUGCCCAAGCCAUCAGUCUACAAUGAAGAGCCCACUAUGCGCCCCUCGCAACCCCCUGCUGUCGCACUUGCGACUGUUCUCAAGGCCCUCGAGGACGAACUCUCUCACCUCAAGAUGCAGCUUGCUACCUACCAAGCAGCCUACAACAAGAUCGAUGUGUCUCUUGGCAAGCGUCCCCGCAAGACCUUGCAAGAAAAGAUCGACAAGCUAUACAAGGACAUUGACAUGAAAUCCGAUCAAAUCUAUUCUUUGUAUGAUGUCGUCGAAGGCCAGAAGCAGGAUGGCCAUGAGAUGACUGAGCAAGAAAUGGAGAUGACUUUGGAAUCUAUUGGAAUCGAUGUUGGCCACGUCGAUGUCACCGCUACCACUGACAAGUCCUCUCGUGGCCAGAUUGACUUGGACGAUGAAGAGGAUUUGCCCUGGGAAGGCAUUGAAAGCACUGGCGAGAUGACUGGCCACCUUUCUCUUGGACAUUGA